CCACCAGUAAAACUCGAAGUGGGAAUUUCGACUUCAUAUCGGUACUGAAAAUGGUUUCGAAAUUGUAGUUUUCCAUCUAACUGAUGACAACUAUAUUCUCCUAUGGGGAUAAAAUGAACAUAUUUUAAUGAUAGACCUAUUGUGAUGUUGAGGUGAACUGUUUCACGAUUUAAAAUGCAUAGUAUUUGUUAUUGUAGUUGUAUGGUGUUGGCGUUUCUUCAAUUAUUUACUGGUGUCUGUUAUUCUCAACUUUUAGUGCCAGAUGAUCUAUUCCAAGCACAAUAUGCCAACUCCACAAGGUUUAAACGAGAACUAGACGAUUUUCAGUGCAAACUACCAAACUAUCCAGAAAACGGACAAUGGAGCGUGAUAAAUGGAUAUGGAAGACCCGGGGACGAUGUUGAAAUCAAUACAAUGAUCAAAUUUGAAUGUUUACCAGGAUACUUGUUAACGCCCGAUACUCCUUACGUAGUAUGUGAUGGGAACUGGGGUCCUGAGAUUAUACCAAAGUGUAGAAGAUUAUGCCGUCCGUUCUAUUCUACUCCUACAACGAACUUGAAAUGCAAGGAUCGGAAUGGAUAUGCCAUCGGAUGUGAUAAAGCUACUGAUGGAACAUAUUUGACCUACGAGUGCAUCUCGCAUUAUGAAGUACCACUAGGUCGCAAACAAAGCCUGCUCUGUUAUGACGGACUUUGGGAUUUUCCAAAACCGGUGUGCCAACCAGUUUGUGGGAAGAAACCAGGCAACUAUACCCUGCCACUUUCUUGGGGCGCAUCAGAUGCCAAAGAUUCUGAGUAUCCCUGGGUAGUUGCAAUUUAUCAAAAGAAUGGUAUCAACUUCACCAAUAUAUGUGGUGGAACACUAAUUAGUCGCAGAGUUGUGAUUACUGCCGCCCAUUGUGUUUCAAAUCAUUAUGGAGAGACUACACCAGUUGAAAACUAUGAGGUUGCUGCUGGAAAAUACUAUAAUAAACAUGGAGAUAGUAGAGAUAAGGAAGCCCAAUACAUGAAGAUAGCUCAUAUAUUGAUACAUAAACAAUUCAGAGGAGAAGACCGUCGAUUCCAGUAUGAUAUUGCUGUGAUAGUAACAAAAAAACUAUUCAUUUUGGGCCCAAAAGUGCAACCCGUUUGUAUAAAUGAUAUUAAUUACAUUCAUCCACAUAUCGGAGACGUAGGAGAGGUUGCUGGUUGGGGCAGGACUGAAAAUGGUGAGCCGUCAGACACUCUCAAAUCACUCAAAAUUCCUCUGAAGAAGACAUCAACUUGCUCUGCCGAGUUACCUGUAGAUUGGGAGAGAAAGUACAAUUUAGAAGACAAAAUAUGCACUGGCUUUUUUAAACAAAACAUGAGUGUCUGUGAUGGUGAUAGUGGGAGCGGUCUUAUUUUCAAAAAUCCAGAAGACAACAGAUUUUACCUUCAUGGGAUUGUGAGUCUCUCCCCAAGAUCUGCUGAUGGACAGUGCGACCACGAACAGAAUGCUUUAUACACCAGAGUGGCAAAUUAUUACGAAUGGAUAGACCGAGAAUCCACAACGAACUAUGUUGAGGAAUGCAGUCUUCCAGCUUAUCCCAAAAAUGGUAAAUGGGUUAUGGAAAAGGGUGCAGUAAAAAAACCUGGAGAAAUCGUUCCAUCGACGGCAGUCCUGAUAUUCUCUUGUAAUGAUGGAUACAAACUAUCAGCAGUGUCUCCAAAGUUUUUCUGCGAACCAUCAUUUCAGCCUCCUACAUGUAACUUACUAUGUCCAAGUCUGAUUUUUCCAAAAAACUCCACAGUAAUUUGUAAAAAUUAUAGAAGUGAAAAUAUCGACUGUGCCGACACAACAGAAGGCUCCAGUAUAUCCUUCACAUGUCCCUCCGGAUAUUCAACUUCCCAGGGAUCUUCAGGAGUUAGGUUUUGCGUCAAUGGAUCUUGGGGAAAACCAAAACCAGUGUGUAAAAGAAAAUUCUCUGUAGCCUCUGAAACCAACACCCCAGCUGCCACAACUCCUUUACUCAACCAAACUGUUGAAGAUACGACUGGUGUGAAAGUUAUAUGCACUUACAACAGCGAUUACUCCCAUAAAGGCGUUUAUCCCGAGAAUUUAGAUGCUAGUAUGUGUACUCAUUUAGUUUAUGCAUACAUCGGACUCUUGGACAAAGGAGACCUUCGAGUUCAAGACGAUUUAAUUGAUCUAGAUCAAGAAGAAAGAGGUUUAUACUUCAGAUCUACGGACUUGAAAAGAAAGAAUCCUCAUCUGAAGGUAUUAUUGAGUGUUGGUGGCACAGCAGCAAGUAAUUCCACCCUUUUUUCACGUAUAGCUGGCCAUGCAGGCAAAUUAGGAACAUUUCUUGGAAGUUCGGGUUGGUUCAUAAAGAAUUUUCACUUCGACGGUCUGAAUAUCGACUGGCAGUAUCCGAAAGAAGAAGAAAAGGAAAAAUACAUCUCUCUUCUGGAAAGAGCGAGAUAUGAAUUUGAUAAGGCUGGAUGGCUAUUAAGUGCAUCUGUACGUUCUGAUCCAGCAGGAACUGGGUAUGAUCCACCAAAAAUGAACAAACUUCUGGACUGGAUCACGAUAAAGUCCUAUGAUUUCUACGAAGCUUCUUCUAGUAACUACACCGGAAUACACAACCCUCUGUACCAUUCCUCGAAAGAAACCAAAUGGGAGAAGAGCCAUCUCAACAUGGAAGCGGCAGCUAACAACUGGCUCAAUGCUGGUAUCAGCAGGGAGAAACUUGUACUGAGUGUAGCGUUUCAUGGACGAACAUUUCAGCUGAAAGAUGCUGACAAACACGAAAUUCAUUCUCCCAUUACUGGACCAGGGCCAGGUGGUGACACAGGGUUCCUGGACUACUCAGAGAUCUGCUCAACGUAUGAAAACUAUACAGAUGUAUGGGAUGAUGACCAGAAAACUCCUUAUAAAUAUCACGAAGAUAAAUGGUUUGGAUUCAAUAGUAAGGAUUCUGUUUGGAUUAAGGGUGAAUACGUGAGAAAGAAGGGCUUUUUUGGAGUGAAUGUCUGGCCUGUAGAUGCUGAUGACGUCCAUGGAAAAUGUGGAACAAAACAAAUUUUACUCAAACACAUUCAUGGAGGCAUUGGAAACAAAGUGAACUGGGAUAACGAUUAAAACUGUGUAUUAUUCAAUAUUCCUUAGAAAAUGUGAUAUAACUAAUCGAUAUGAUUAAAUGAACUCUCUCUUUGGUAUAAUUUUAAGUGUAAGGUCAUGAGUUGAUAUAUUUUGUACAGUUUAAUAUCUACAUUUCAAGGCAAUACAUAGUUUUGUAGUUUUCACCGAUUACAUUACAAUAGCAAUUAAAUGAUGAGUACGA